CAUGAAUUGACUGUCAACAUGCAAGAUGGCCACGCAUCACAGGCAAAAUGCUGCUGGGCGGAGGAAAGUACAGGUGUCUUAUGUCAUUAGAGACGAGGUGGAGAAGUACAACCGGAACGGGGUGAACGCGCUCCAGCUCGACCCUGCGCUCAACCGGCUCUUCACUGCUGGGAGGGACUCCAUCAUCCGGAUAUGGAGCGUCUACCAGCACAAACAGGACCCUUACAUCGCGUCCAUGGAGCAUCACACAGACUGGGUUAAUGACAUAGUCCUCUGCUGCAAUGGAAAAACAUUGAUAUCUGCCUCGUCAGAUACAACAGUCAAAGUAUGGAACGCACACAAAGGCUUUUGUAUGUCGACGUUACGAACACACAAGGACUACGUGAAAGCUUUGGCUUACGCGAAGGACAAGGAGCUGGUGGCGUCUGCAGGUCUGGACCGGCAGAUCUUUCUUUGGGAUGUGAACACACUAACAGCACUCACUGCUUCCAACAACACUGUCACCACCUCGUCACUCAGCGGGAACAAGGACUCGAUCUACAGUCUGGCUAUGAACCAGAUGGGCACAGUCAUCGUAUCUGGAUCCACAGAAAAGGUUCUGAGAGUGUGGGAUCCCCGAACAUGUGCGAAGCUGAUGAAGCUAAAAGGCCACACAGACAACGUCAAGUCAUUGCUGCUGAAUCGAGACGGCACUCAGUGCCUUUCUGGCAGCUCAGACGGGACCAUCCGCCUCUGGUCGCUCGGCCAGCAGAGGUGUAUCGCCACCUACCGGGUGCACGAUGAAGGCGUGUGGGCGCUGCAGGUCAACGAGGCCUUCACGCACGUAUAUUCUGGAGGCAGAGACAAAAAGAUCUACUGCACUGACCUGCGUAACCCAGACAUCCGUGUGCUCAUUUGUGAGGAAAAGGCCCCAGUGCUCAAAAUGGAACUGGACAGAUCUGCUGACCCACCUCCAGCGAUCUGGGUCUCUACCACCAAGUCAUCCGUUAAUAAAUGGUCUCUAAAGGGAAUGCACAACUUCAGAUCAUCAGGGGAGUAUGACAAUGACUGCACCACCCCUCUGACACCACUGUGUACUCAGCCAGAACAAGUCAUCAAGGGAGGUGCCAGUAUUAUCCAGUGCCACAUUCUGAAUGACAAGAGACACAUACUCACCAAAGAUACCAACAACAAUGUGGCUUUCUGGGAUGUCCUGAAGGCUUGCAAGGGGGAAGACUUGGGCAAAGUGGAAUUUGAUGAAGAGAUUAAAAAGCGCUUCAAGAUGGUCUAUGUGCCAAAUUGGUUCUCUGUAGAUCUGAAAACUGGGAUGCUCACUAUCACUUUGGAUGAGAGCGACUGCUUCGCUGCCUGGGUCUCUGCAAAGGACGCAGGGUUUUCAAGUUCUGACGGAUCCGACCCGAAGUUGAACCUGGGUGGACUGUUGCUGCAGGCGCUGCUGGAGUUCUGGCCCAGAACCCGCAUCAACCCCAUGGAUGAGGAGGAGAACGAGGUGAACCACGUGAACGGAGAGCAGGAGAACCGGGUCCAGAAAGGAAACGGAUACUUCCAGGUGCCACCACACACGCCAGUCAUCUUUGGAGAAGCAGGAGGAAGAACUCUUUUUAGGUUGCUAUGUAGAGAUUCAGGAGGAGAGACUGAGUCCAUGCUGCUGAAUGAGACAGUCCCUCAGUGGGUUAUUGAUAUAACUGUAGAUAAAAAUAUGCCCAAGUUCAACAAAAUCCCAUUCUACCUCCAGCCUCAUUCUUCCUCCGGUGCAAAAACUCUAAAAAAGGACCGUCUGUCAGCCAGCGACAUGCUCCAGGUGAGGAAGGUGAUGGAGCAUGUUUACGAGAAGAUCAUCAACCUGGACAACGAGUCGCAGACCACCAGCUCCUCGGCCAACGACAAACCCGGGGAGCAGGAGAAGGAGGAGGACAUGGCCAUGCUAGCUGAAGAGAAGAUUGAGCUCAUGUGUCAAGACCAGGUAGGGGAGACGAACUUCUUAAGACGAGACACUGCAGGCAAAAACACAUCUCUGUUCAUGUCGGUUUUGGAGAUAAUGUGCUUCCAUAACACGUCUUUUAACAGACUAGUGGAAAGAAAGCAUCAUAAAUUACACUUUAUCUGUCAGACAUAAUGCAGAUUAGCUCAUAUUACUGAAUUUGAAGCAGUUUGUUUCUUACUCCCAUCAUCACGUUUACUCACUGUGAGCUCGUUUUUCACUGCAAAAUACAUUUAUG